AUGGAUUUCGAAGACGAUGAGUCGACAGAUGAUGGCUCUGAAUACAAUGGAUUUGAUAACUCCGAGCAAGAAGAAUGGUGGAGGGAAGAUAAGAGCGAAGAUUUGGAUUUUGAAGAAGACAUUGAGGAGCAUGAGUAUACCACCUCCGGUAACACGGCACGAGCGGUGAAGAUUCGGCUCUUUUUGACCGAUGAGGAAAUGAGCGACUUCGAGUGGAUGAAAAACUUUGUCGCCGAAUGCACUUGUGAUGGCGUCGUUGUCGCCACCGCUCUAGCCCGGUAUAUUUAUCGAGAGGGCAUGCGCUCUGAACUCUGGGAAAGGAUGGAAGAACCCAGCAAGGAAACGUGCGAUGUGGCCUUCCAUGUCUUUGAUCGAUAUGGAACAGUCAAGACCAAGUAUAAGGACCAUCCGGUGCAAAGAGGAACUGGUGUAGGGAAAACGAGCUUGAUCAUGGCCCUCUUUUCUAUGCUCCCCAAUUAG